UCCUUAGCAACCAGUGUUUUCGUUGGCUGGCACGCUCAGGUCAAGCAGGCUUUAGCCAUGUCUGUAUCAGAUGGGCGAAGGCUUAGGCCUUUGGACAUCCGACGGGAGUGGAAGGAGCUGCUGCUGUGUGUGGAGAGAGGCAACAAAGCUGACAUCCACACCUACAGCUCAGGGCACCUGGGCCCCUACAGCUUCAAUCCCAGAUCCAUCCACUGCCGGCGUGACAAGCCAAUAUGGGAAAAGUCCAAACACUCAGCGUCUAAGCACUCAGGCCUCUCCCGCCUUCCGGAAAGCAGGGCACAGGAAGAUAGCAUUGAAGAAAUGGUAGAUGCCUUGUACAACUUCACUAUGGCCACCACGCUUCAGGAGCCUGAUGUUUGCAGUAGCACAGGAAGCCUCAGCAGCCCACCAAGUGUGAAUCCGUACAGGAUGAGAGAAAACCUGGACACAACGGGGCUUUUCCUGGUGAAGCCAAGCAGUCUGAAGCCGGGGCCUCAUGCACACACUGAAGUGGAUCAGGGCCGAUACUGGUUCACACGCUCUUACUUAGCUGGACUCACCUGCAGCGAUCAGCUGCUGCUAUGGAAACAGUUUGACCGGCAGGUUGUGAGGAAGCAAGACUUGAUCAGCAGGAACUGUCUGAGAGGCAUUGAGGCAGCACAGCGACACCAGCGCAAACUGCAGCAGGAGCUGAGGAAGGUUCCGGCCUUCAGGGGCCCAUGCACAGAGCGUCUCGCGGUUCUCAGUGAGGUCUUCAGUGACGUGUGUGAUGGCUCUGCUGCGUUCGGCAGAGUCCUCCGAGAAAUCAAGAUGGAAUAUGAUUUGUACCUGAACUCUGUCGUUUCCUCACAGUCAACCUUCCAGCAUACAGCUGCAUUUCUGCACCCUGGGGUCAUCUCAGGAUCCGGGGAGUUAGAGGAAGCAGAAAAGCAGGUGUCGUCACUGGAAGAGAAAGCGAGGAGAGCUCUGGAGGAGAAUGACAGAGUCAGAGCAGAGUAUGAGGACAUGCGGGUCAAAGACAUGGAAAACCAACAGGAAGAAGUCAGGGGAUCCGAAGGCUCUGAUGCUGGUCAUUGUGGCCUCACAGCUGUUGAGGAGGGUUUGUUCCCAGAUGUGAAGCAGAGCGAGACUGAGAUAUCCUCCAUGGCCCAGGUAGAGGCUAAGAGGCAGGAGGUGUGGAGUGUGUGGAAGGAAGUACAGAGCCUGCAGAAGGAGAUCAGAGCGACAAUGGUUUCCACUGUUACUACCAGCUCCCUCGAGGGAAGCAUACAAGACACAAAGGCUGAAAUCAUGCGUCUCAUUCAUUCAAAUGGGCACCUAAGAAGCACCAUUAAGGAUCUUGAAGAGAAAAUCUCAAAGGUCCUGCUCAGAGCAAAAGUCAGCGAGGAGACCGAAGUGCGGGUGUGGAAGAAGAUAUGGGCCGCAGUGAAUAGAGACGAUUAGAACUCUUGAUGAGUAAAAUGUCUUACCUUUUGUACCCUUGUUUCUUGGGAUUCAGUUCAAACACCUGUGAGGGGUUUAUUGCUUUAUCUCUUUAAUGACAAUGAGGUUAUAUAAUCAGCUGUGCUAAUGGUGGUAAUGUAAUAAAUAAACUGCAUGUUUCUCAGUCAUAUAGAACAACACACAGGUGUCACAGCCUUCAUUUACUCUCCACAGUGGCUUAGGAGAGCAAAUAGUUUGUUGCUGUGAUGUAUGCAGUGAAAAUUUUGCUGUCCACAGUAUUUUAAUUGUUAAAGUUAAAUUACAUGUUGAAUGUAUUUUGUACACUUUGAGGCUAAUGAAGACAGAAUGUGAAUAAAAGCACUGGCCAUUCUGAGGGCAUUUAAUCAGACUAGUUAAGACACUAUACAACUGCAGACUCUAGGGUCCCAUUUCAGUACUUUUAACACACCCUCGCCCAUUUACACUCACCACUCGGAGAUGUUACACAAUUGGGCACUGACAGCAGAAAGAGAGAAGGGGACAGUCAAGCAGAACACACUCACCCCCAGCUGGUUAGCCUCAGUGAGCUUAUCAUCUAGCCAUGCAAACUUUUUUUUUGAGAUAUUUGAACAUGAAGUAGGGGAGCACAGGUAAUCACAAAAUCCAACUGUAUUUAAUUAUAUUACUUUGAUCACCAUCUUGUUGCAGAAAGUGCAGCACCAUUUUAAAGCAGAUGACAAGCUCACAGCAAGUGCUAGCUGGGCUCAAGUACAGCCUCCAUACUGCAGAGUUAGUUGUAACAUGACAUUAGAACCAAGCUACCUUUACAAAACAAAGACAAAUAAAGUCAAUUAAAUUAUCGUUUUGUGACAUAUCUUUACACAGAUUUUAAGAUGAAAAUGAGGAAACU